AUGGCGACCGGAAUUGCACCAAAUUCUGGUGGUCAGGGCGGAAAUGGAGGAGACCGACACCCUCGUCGCAAACCAUUUAGUACUUUGAUGAAACGACUUGCUGCCUUCAAACCAUCAUCGCAUAAUAGAAACGGCAAUGGCAAUCAGAGAUCGGUCUCAAACGGCAUCUUGACAAACGAGUCCACAUCCACGUCAGGGACGCACUCAUCUUCGGGCACCCAAGUUGUGUUCUCGGACCCACCGCAUAGUAUCGCAUCAGGUUCGCAUACCAGAGCCGCCUCAAUGGCUGGUUCUUCCCACGCUCACACAUAUACUUCAUCAACCGCCCACUCUUCGCCAUCUCAAUCUGUCCAAUCGCUUGCAACUUUGACCACGGUUCAGUCUACUGCCCCUCCUUCGACGUACCUUGCCAACGGCAUAACGACUUCCUAUAAUCCCCAUCUAUCUAGUCAUAACCCAAAUGCUCCCCCCCAACAUUUUACCCAUCAAUUCACAAUCUCCCCUGCUCCAGGAUUAACCCACACACCUUCCAACUCAAACUCCACACAUGGUAUCCCUACGACUCUCCCACACCCAACAACGUACCAUACAAUGACACAAGGAAACAUGCUCUCGGACGAUGCUAGUAUCCUAACUCUGGCUUCUUCUUCCCGAAAGCGCGAGCGACGCCGUAGUUUUGACACCGAUGCAUCAAUCCGCGCCCUACCACCAAGCAGUCUAUGGGGUGGUAGUAAGGAAUCCCUUCCACUAAGUGUCCUUAGUGGUGGUGACCGGGCUACCAUGGGCGACCGUGCAAGUUUGUUCGCUGAACGUCACAGAGACCGAGAUAGUAUCGUCAUGACUGGUGCCGCUAGUCCAUUGGUCACGCCAUCCCACCCGACAUUCUUUGGAGCAGGAAGUAGCACUGAAAAUAGACCUGAGGACGAGGAUGUUAAUGAUGGCCGCUCGAUCGCCAAGUACAGUACUAAGCGUGGUAGUACGGGUACCAGCUUGUUGAGCGUGCCUCUGCAAGGACCAGAUACUGAGCCGGACACCGUUAAAUAG